CUCCUCUCCCCGUUUCCACCGGCAACUGCGCGGAGCCGGCUGCCUCACCAAGCCUGUGGAUCCCGUCACUUGACUAAUUAGCCUGGAAGUGCUGUUGAAGAUCAUCAUAUUUAGCUUGCCGACCCAGCAGCAGAGUGCAGACAGAUAUAGACCAGUCUGGCUGCAGGCUGAGUGCCUUGCAGUGGGCAGGCUCUCUAUCUCUCUCUAUUCACACUUAGCCUUAUAAGUGGUGGAGCAGCGGAAGUGAGGGGCGGCUAUGCUUUGAAAGAGACGAAAAGAGGAGAAAGCGAGAGAUCGGAGCAGAGACCACAACCAGACCACAAGAUGCGACUUCGCUGCAGGAGCAAAUCCUCUUAGACUUCCAAGGCAGCCGCCAAUGUACAGCAGCACUGAUCCCAACACUCAGAGAUAUAAGAUGAUUGAUAGUCAGAUACCAUCACAGAGGAGGCCGAUGAGGAGCCUUCCUGCAGACAGAGGCCAGCUGAAAACCAGCACCUACAUUGUGCCCUGUUUCCUCUUCGUGGAGCUGGUGAUCAUGGCAGGGACCGUUCUGUUGGCGUAUUACUUUGAGUAUACCGACACGUUUCCCGUGCACAUCCAGGGCUUCUUCUGUUUCGACAAAGCCUACUCAAAGCCAUACCCGGGACCAGAGGACAACAGUAAGGCACCGCCGGUCCUGGUCUACUCCCUCGUCACUGCCAUCCCCACUGUGACGAUUCUGAUCGGGGAAGUGACGAGCUUCUUUGUGAAGACGGAGGGAUCUCAGGAGAAAACCAUAGUGACCGCUGAGUGCUGUUAUUUCAACCCUCUCCUCCGGAGGAUCGUACGUUUUCUAGGUGUCUACUCCUUUGGUCUCUUUGCCACCACCAUCUUUGCUAAUGCCGGUCAGGUGGUGACAGGAAACCAGACACCUCACUUCCUGUCCACCUGCAGACCUAAUUACACAGCUCUGGGUUGCCAGUCUCCUCUGCAGUACAUCACAGAGAAUCGAGCUUGCACAGGAAACCCAUACCUGGUGGCGUCCGCCCGCAAAUCCUUCCCCUCCAAAGAUGCAGCGCUCAGCUUUUAUUCAGCCAUUUACACAGUGAUGUAUGUGACAUUGGUGUUUCGGACCAAAGGAACCCGUCUGAUGAAGCCCACUUUAUGCCUGGUGCUUCUGUCUCUGGCUGUGUUGGUGGGGGUAGUGAGAGUGACGGAGCACAGGAACCACUGGAACGACGUCCUGGCUGGUUUUGUCACUGGAGGGGCCAUCGCUGCGUUCCUGGUGUCAUGUGUCAUCAACAAUUUCAGACCAACUAAGCUAGCAGUGCCGACUCCAACUCCCCCUCCACAGCGUCCGGAACCCCCAAUCAGUCUGCCUCUCCUCAGCCUGCCCCGUGUGGAGAGUCCACUUGAAAAGUUAAGUGGCUUCCAGGCUCCAGGGCUACCAUAUUCUGAGAUCACAUGACCAUCAGCCAACCCUGCCCCCCGCCCCACCCGAUGUACUCCUCCGCUCAAGACGUUGCCUCACCAGCUCAGUCUAGACCUGCCCCGCGAAAUCCCUCUGCCUUGCCCCGCCCACCCUGAAGGACGGAAACCUCUGCGACGAGUCAAAUCCACACAAGUGUAAGGCUUCACUAGUCACAGGGGACAAAGCCCGGACCCAACAGGGAAACAAAGACUUGUUGUUCACUCACUCUGUGAUCCCCUGUUUUGUCCUUCAAGAUGGCCGCCCUUUUUUUGUUGGGUGUAAAAGACCCAUUAAAAGACUUUUUAAAGCCAGAGCUCUUAAAGCAAUACUGUGUCCUGUUUCCUUGCGGUUUUCCACAAAGAUUCAACGGUGACUCUAAAGACUGUUGGCUGGUGAUGACUUGAUAUUUCCAAUCAAAUAAUAAAAAAAAAAAGAACUCAGCUGACCUGAGGGUCACAAGUGGAUUUUCCUCAAGAUCAUUUUGUUAUACUCAGGACAAUUAGGGGAAACAGCUGGAAGAAGACCUUUAUGUAAUAACAAUGCUGGUACCACAGAGUAAUAUGGUACAGACUUUUGGUUCUGUACACAAAACAAAGAGAUGCUGUCGAGGAGGGAAGCACUUUUGUAAAUUAUAGCACAGAUGAACCAGUUUAACACUCAGUAAACAAUGUUGUAUCUUUCAGUUUUGAUUUUAAUUGUGCGAAGUGAUAGAGGAGAGAUUUAUACACACUAGGGCUUUGUUUUUGAUACCAGUUUUAUUUGUGUUUAUUCACUCCUGAAUCAGAUUUUCAUGAACUUUUCAAAACUAUAACAUUAAUGUUUCAGUGUGUUUCAGAUGUCUGUCAGUUUGAUGUUCAUGCUGUGAAAAAUCUCCACGUGGAGUUCUUAUUGAUCACUAGAAGUAAAAAGCAUACUUAUUUAGUAUUUCCCAUAACCUAUUAACCAAAUUUAUGUCUUAUCUUUUCUCAAUUAAUGUGCAUCUAAACAGAGGGCAACAAUGUGGUGUUUCUUACAUUUACUGUUGGUUGAAUUUAACAAAUGCAUCAAACUGGAGAAAAGCCGUUUGCUGUUUGAAUUAGGCAUGGAGCAGGUUGAGAUUCUCCCAGUAAGAACCCAAUAGUAUCAUGGUAUUUGAACAAGAAUAUAAGGUAGACAUGAGCAAUUGGAUCUAAUGUUCUUUAUUUGUUCCUUCACUGCUUUACCUAUUACCUUUAUUUAUUUAGUUAGUUUUACUAAGACACUAGCAGCCUUCAUUCCUUGUGUGUGGUGUAAUUCUUCCUGAGGAAUUUAACAAGAUGGAGGACAGCCAACAGCCCUGUGGGAAUGAAUUCAUCACCAAACUCUCAACCUAAAUCAAAUUCUGCUCCUUUAUUUGGCUUUAUCUGUUUGUUUAGGAGACUAAAAUGAAAUAGUUUUUGUUACCAUAUCGACUGCCAGCCCCUUCAUCAUGAAUAGGUGCUUAACAAUGGUUUGGCUUAAAAACAGUUUUGAUAGUUGGCCAAAUCCUGUCAUCUUGUUUAGAGGAUUACUGAAUACUGAGUAAGAAGGUGAAGUGAGUCACUUACCGGAGCCAAGAAAACAAUAGCUUAACUGAUAGAGUUAUAUUAAGUUGCAUUAAAUACGUAGGCAAAAAUCAUGUUUUUAUAAAUAAGUUUGCAACUAACAUUAGUUUUAUUUUCUGGUUGAGGCGGGUCUUAAAUUUAGAUAGUAAUUUUCUUGAUAAAAAGGUCUUGAAGAAUUUUAAAUUUCAGCAACUGAGAGUUGCAAAAAGCCUGUUGAAUAGAAAAGCAACAAUUGUUUCUGCUGUUGCUAAAGUCUUUACCAUGAUCUUCUCUAUAAUAUUCAUUGCUAUUUUCAUUUUGAUUAAUUAGCUUAAUCCCUAAAUUUGUUUUGUGAUUAUGUAAAAAAAACAAAUUAUGUUGUUUUGGCAUCAGACAGAGGCUCUCUAAAGUAAAGAUUGUUCAUUUGAAUAAAGCACAUUCAAUAGAUAUAAAUUUGGGUAUUUGGCAUUUUAAUUGGCUAAAUUAAGCAUAAUUGGGCAUAACGCUAACAUCUCGAUCUGCCGCCAUCCAUGAUUAUUAUUAUUAUUAUAGUAAGCAUAUGAUCAAUAUGAUCCUUGGUAUGUGUGGAAUAUGCCGCAACUGGCAUUAGUGGGAGGUAAGCACCACUUUGGUUGUCUAAAAGGGAUUAAGCAAAAACAUUCACAAUAAUCAAAUUAAAAUUUUAUACUUUUUUUCCAAGUAUGCAUUACUCAGAAUAUUACACCGUUUUUCUGUUAUGCUCCUUAUUGAGUAACAGAAGUAAUAACAUUUGUUAUUUAUGCUUGAAUGAAGACACAAAAACUGCAUUGAUAUUCUGGCAAGACACCAUAACUGUUCAUGUUUUUUUCUACUGGAAAUAUUUCCAAAUAGCCAAAUUACUCUUUUUCCUAAGCGCAUUAAACAUUACUAGCCCAAUUUCAGCCAGCUGACUGGCACUGAGCAGCAACAGGUGGUUAGGGGUGACACAUCACUUCUGUACCAGAAGAACAGAAGAAAUCUUUGGUCUAUUAAGCACUUGCUUUCUCAUCAGAAGUCCUGUAUGUCAUAGGAGCACCAUGACGGAAAUGUGGCUAUUUUAAAACCGUAGCCUUUUAAAUCCUUGUAAUACCUUGAUGCCAGUAACCAGCCCAUGCCUAAUUUGAAUGAAUCCAUCUGGUCCAGUUGUUUGAAGGCUCUCUUUGCUUCUGUUCAACAUGAUUUCCACACGUUGACUGUGUUUUUGACAGCACUCUGACUUUGGUAGAGUAUUACACAGUGCUUAGGUUUGUUCAAACUAUAUAUAUGAUGUUAUCAUUCAGUUUGUACGGUUCAAAUAACAUGAGGAAGGCGGACGGCUGUAAAGCAGGAAUGUAGCUCAGUGGAGAUGAGUUUAAAAUCCAGCUAGCCUGCAGUCUGUGUGGGUUUGCCUCAGAGCUGGCUCAGUUCUGCUUAGUUCAAAAGGGAACUGCAGGUUCUAACAGUGUGUUAUAUACAAAGGACAUCCUAAUGGGUUUCUUACGCGUGUGUGCGCUUGCUGCGUGUGUGUUUGGAGUUACUGAGAUCUGUAUGGGUGUGUGUACGUGUUUGUAUUUAUAAUGAGCACAUAGUAGGGCAGCACAACUGUUAAUUUGGCAGCCUGUUUUUCUUAAGUUAAACUGUCAAAAGUAGCUGCUAUAAUUACACACUCUCGCUUGUUUGUAACUGCAGGCCUCUGAAGGAGUCCUGCCAAGGCAUCCUAACAAUGCUGGUUAUAGCAGAAGGUGCUCAUUAUAGCUCUGAGAUUACCUACAGUAUUGAAAGUCUGUUUAUUUUUUAUUUUUUUUGUUUUUUUUUAAGAAAAAAAUGAGUACACCCCCUCUGGUUAGAUAAUGUUAUUUUCAUGUUAAAGUCUCUGUUUUGUAUUUAUUUACCAAAAUAAACUGCAAUUACCACUUAGUGAAGUAAGAACUCUUUUAUAUGGAUGCAGAUUUGAUGUUUUACCACUUAUAUUUAUGUUAAGGCUCUAACAGGAAUGCAAACAGCCUUGCAAAAUGAUUUCUUCCCCUUGAAUUGUAUUUUGGUGUGAUUUUAUUUGAUAGACCAAUACAAUGUAGUGUGUAAUUGUAAAAACUGGUAUAUGUUUUUAUCUUUUUUACAAAUGAAAAACUGAAAAGUCCAGCACCUAUAUGUAUGUAUAUGCACCUGUUGAGUCAAUACUUUGCAGAACCAUGUUUUACUUUAUUUACAGCUGCACCCCAGCGUUGCACAUCAAGAGACAUUUUUGGCUCAUUCUUCUUUAUGAAAAAGCUCCACACAGUCAGAUGCGGUGGAGAGCACCUGUCAAGUUUCCAAUUUGGAUUGAGGUAUAGAUUUUGACUGGGUCAAUCUAAAAUUAAUAUGAACAUUUUAGCACUUGCUGCAUGUUAAGGGACGUUUUCCUACUGGGAGGCGAGCCUCUGCCUCAGUCUGAAGUCUUUUGCAGCCUCUCACAGGUUUUCCUCCAGGCUCAACCUGUAUUUAGCUCUAUCCAUCUUGUCAUCAACUCUGACCAACUUCCCUGUCUUUGCUGAAGAAAGGAAUUCCCUCAGCCUGAUACAGUCACCACCAUGUUUUACCAUGGGCAUGGUUUGUUCCUAGGAUGAUGUGCAGUAUUUGUUAUUAUUUUUAUUUUUGUGGUACUAGUGGCCUUUAUUUUGAAAGUUGACCAACAGGAAAUGGGGUGGAGAGAGAAAGGGGAAGACAUGUGGGCUGGGACUGGAUCCUGUGAUGGGUGCAACAAGGACUGUAGACUGUACAUCUGUUGUGCGCUUUACUCCUGCACCACCGCCGCCAACUGAUGAUGUGCAGUAUUUCAGUAUUAUCUGACCAGAGCACAUUGCUACAUGUCUUGUGGAAGACAGGAAACAAGAACCUUUAUGGAUUGCUUUCUACAAUAGCAUUUUACUUGACUGUCUUCCAUAAAAACUAGAUUUGUGAAUGCAUAAGUAAUAGUGAUCCUAUCAGCAAUUUCCUCCUGCAGAAAAAAGCAUCCAGCAGCAUCAUGCUGCCAUCGCAGGGUUUUGCCAUGAUAGCAUGUUCCGGGUGAUGUGCAGUGAAAUGUUUCCACCACGCAUAGCGUAAUGGGGCAAAAGAUCAAUUUUGGUCUCAUCUGGUCACACUUUCUUGUCUGUGUUUGCUGUGGCCCCAACAUGAUUGUAGCAAACUACAAAAGGACGUACGACUUUCUUUCAUCAAUUGCUGUCUUUUUAAGAGCUGUCCUGUCAACAGAUUCUCCCACCCGAGCUGCUGAUCUCUGCAGCUUCUCCAGAGUUACCAUGGGCCUCUUUGCUGUUCCUCUGAAUACACUCCUUGCCUGGCCUGUCAGGUCUCUGGUUCGCAGUUGUACCAUACUAUUUCUGUUUUUGGUUGAUGAAUUGAACAGUGCCUUUUUCAUUUUCAGACCAAACUCUGCUUUGAAAGUGUCAGCAACAAUCUGUUUUUUUUUCCUUGGUCUUUGUGAUGCUGUUUGUUCACUUAUCAUCUCUAUUGCCUUCACAGGACAGCUGCAUUUUGCUGACAUUAAAUUACACUCAGGUGGACUUAUUUAACUAAUUCUGUGAUCUCUGAAGACCACCGGUUGCACUGGAUCAGGGGAUGUGGGGGGCAAACACAGACACACACCAUACUUUUCAGAUAUUUAUUUGUAAAACCUUUUUAAAACCACAUAUAAUCUCUCUCAUUUCAACUUCAUAGUUAUGCACUACUUGCUAGUCUGUUACAUAAAAUCCCAAUACAAACUGUGGUUGUAAAGUGACAAAAUGUGGUAUGAAUACUUUUGCAAGGCAUUGCUAAUGUAUUUCCACAAUUCAUACAGCUCUACAUUUCAGUAGUCACUCAUAUAUAAACACAUUUACCCUAUGCAGAUUUUAGUCUAUAUAGAUUUUUCUGCUUUUACACUCAUACUAAUGUGGCUUUCACUGCCAGGCCCAAGGAGAAUAUGUGGACCGGAGAAGCAAGAGAUCAAACCACUGAGCUUCCACUUGGCAGGGAGAAACUCUUCAUCCUGUGCCACAGCCACUUACAUACUAAUUUUCCUGUGACAUCAACAAUAGGUCUGUGUUAUUUAAGAGUCUCUGUAAAAACUAAAGUGGAAGUGAGAUAUGCUUGUGGUUUGUUUGUCUGCUACAAAGGCGAGGUUUAGGAUUAUCGCUGACAAAGGAUUGCAUUAAAACCAUGCUGCUAUGAACUGCCCUAAUUGUACACAAUUUAACAAAACACCUUAAUAAAUAUCAUUUUUAAUUUGA